AUGGAUAUGCAGCAGCGCAUGCCAGCCGGCCAGAACGGACUCUUGCAACUUCCCGAAGAGAUCCUCCUCGACGUCUUCGACUAUUUCGCGAAGCCUGCACGACAACUGCGCGAAUCAGAGACAUGGCGAUACCCCGAAAAUCUGCAUCCCGGCGACUUCACUUGUCUGCAGAACGCUCGCUUGGCCUGCCGACGUCUGAGCGAGGUGGUCAGCCCUUUGCUGUGUCCUGUCGUCACAGUCGGCCUCAAUUCCCAGUCGCUGCGCCGCGCCGACGAGUUGUCGCGCAGCGCGCUGAUCGCCAAAGGCAUUCGAGGCCUGGUGGUCAAUUUGCGCUACCGAUCAAGCAGCCUUGCUGCUGAUCUUCGCCCGUAUCAUGCCCACGUCGCCGCGAAGAUCGUCAGUGAUGAGGCGGCGAGGUGCUACUACAACACCGAGUUCCAGUCUUACGAGGACGAAGACGAGUCACCAGAAGCCACCGCACACCGAGCUUACUUGGAAGCGGAAGAUGUCUUCCAGCUCUACGCGAGGCAUUGGCGGGAGCAUGUCGAGCGAGCUCAACCGGAAAGGCCAGUGGACGUGCUGGACAACAGCAGCAUAACCCAGGCGAGCCAGAGGUUACUCCAAGAUUGUUUCAGCUCGUAUGCCGAACAACACGAAGAUCAGACGCGCAUCAUCUCUGAUGGCUCCUUUGUCCACACCCUGGUAGGAAUCAUCUCAAGGCUCGAGAGCCCUCCGUUCAUCUGGUUCUCAGACAAAGAUCGAUUCGAACACAGUUCUGCUCGCGAUGUGUUGGAGUUGGCCAAGAAUACACAUAACCUUCGCCGGUACAUGGAAGCCCCCCAUGGCUGGCUGGCUAUUGAGACCUUACGGGAUAUCGAAGUUGAUCUGCUCCCUGCGAGGAUCCUAUCAGACCUGCCAAUUGCGUGCCACAGGUCGGAGCUGCAGCUUCGAGGCGUGAGUGUGGGGUGUUUUCCGCUGACCAAAGGUUUCGAGUACCUACUGCCUGACGGGACAACGAUGCAUGAUGAUUCAAGUGCCUGGGAUCGCCUUGCUGCUGCGUGCCAGGAUCUCAAGAUAUUCCACUUCGGCAUGAACGGCAUGAACUGCACGCCGCAUCGACCUGUCGACUUCACACCUUCACAACGGUGGUUGAUCAACGGAUUUAUAAGCGCUGCCUGCUCCGGGCCAAACCUGGAACGCUUUUGUCUGAGCAUGGCACCUUUCCGCGUGUGCGAUGCUGGACGCACUUGGCUCGUACCCUCAUCAGUACCUGACCAGAACUAUCCCGCGGGCUCUAUGCUCGCUAGCCUGACGUCCACCCGAUUGACUCAGCUGUGGAUCUUGUCCGUGCAGAUCAGCGGCAACGAAUUAGCAGCCGCAGUCGACAGACUCUCCAGCUCGGCACGGUUCGUAUACCUGGCCGGUAUCACGCUGGAGCAAGGACGAUACGCGGACACCAUGUCGGCGCUGCAACAGCAAACCGCGAGGGGUCGCUUGAGCGUUGAGCUUACCACUCUGCAAGGCGCGGAGUUCGGAUCGGCCAGAGCCGCUCCCGAUGACGGUCUCAUGUGGGAUUUGGAUGAACAGGAAGCAGACACCUACUGGGAGAGUCUGGAGGAGCACAUGAACCCUGUCCUGCUGAAGCGUUUGUUAGAGUGGAUCCACGCUGGACAUGGUGAGCCGAAUCCUCUAGCCAACAGUCCGAGACCUUAG